CCCCCUCAGCGGAAGCGCGGUUAUUCCUGUUUGUUCGAUGGAGACAGAAAAGUGACGGUGUGAUGGAGGUGGACAUCCUGGAGUUCAAGGUUCCCGUGGACAACAAUAAGACUCUGUUUGUGUGGGACAUCCAGCCGUCUCACACUGAGGACCAGAUCUACGAGGGGUUGUACAGCGUGUUUUCGUCCUACGGUCCUCUCUACCUGCUGAAGGUGUGUCCUAACGCUCCGCUCAACCCGCCUGGUUUCUACGCCCUCAUCAAGUUCUACUCUGCUGCUCAGGCCUUAAAGGCUCAACGACAGACUGACGGACGCCCGCUGUUCCAGAACUCUCCACUCAAGGUGAGGCUGAGCUCCAAACAGACUCCUCACUUCCUAUUGGACAGCAGCAGACCUCUGAGCCACGCCCGCUGCCUUGAACUGGCCAAUCACUGCCUGGGAUUUAAUGGCUGGACCUCUGACAUCAUCACACUGAAGGAGCUCACCAAUGAAGAAGAAGGUGAGGAGGAGGAGGAGGAGGGAGGAGGAGGAGUCAGACGGAGGAGGCUGAGAUUUGGCUGUCUGCUGCAGCUGUCCUUCCCUCAUCACGGUCAGGUGACCAGAGCAGCAGCCGUGGUGGAGGACAGCUUUACCUGCACAGGUGAGGACAGCUUUACCUGCACAGGUGAGGACAGCUUCACCUGCGCAGGUGAGGACAGCUUCACCUGCGCAGGUGAGGACAGCUUGACCUGCACAGGUCCAGAUGUUCUGAUACAGAAACGAUGUCGACUACAGAAGCAGGUCAGAGAGAAGGCUCUGGUCCAGGCCUUCACUGCUGUGCUGCUCAUAUUACUGGGAAAUGGUAAAGUGAUGGUGGAGGUGAAACAGACAUCAGAUCAGUUCCUACCUGAGCAGACUGAAGGAGUCCUCCAGGUAAACUCACCUGUCUUCAGCCGCCUGUGUCCAAGCUCUGAUUGGUCAGUUAGAGGUUAA